AACUAUAUAGACAAUGUCAGCCUCAGACAACAUCUCAGACCAGAUCGACAGCAACGAGAACCUCUCUAUCGACGAAGAAGAUAUUGACCUUGAAGAAGAAGAGGGCAAAGACCUCGAACUUGUUAAUGAAAAUGAUAAUAAUAAUAUCUUUCAAGAUAAAAAGAAGAUCGCCCCAGAAGACAGGAUCGCACCUCCCUUCCUCACCAAGUAUGAGAGAGCAAGGAUCCUCGGAGCCAGAGCUCUCCAGAUUAGUAAAAAUGCCCCUCUCUGCGUUGAUGCUGAAGGUAUUACAGACCCAUACUUGAUUGCUGAGAAGGAACUCCAAGAGAGGAAAAUUCCUUUCCUGAUCAGAAGGUACCUUCCCGAUGGAUCUUAUGAAGACUGGAGUAUUAAAGAGCUUAUAAUGUAAUUUCUGCCAAGCAUUUUGAUUC